CGUGCAGCCCUACACCGGGGAGUCCGAGCCAGCCGUCUUCAAGGCGUGGGCCGUGGAGCCCUCGCAGCUUGCCUUCGCCUACCGGCUCCAGCGCAAGUGCGCAGCCACAGUGCCUCAGGAGGCGACGCCGGAGAGCAAGCUGGCGACUGCGAUGACCGCGUAUCUCGGGGCGCAGGCCGCCAGCGAGAAGGUGAAGCUCUCGGCGAAGGCGCUCUCCUUCAAGCUCUCAGACAGGGUCAAGGAGCUGGGAAUGGACCAAUUCCCCCAGGACGUCCUCCCGUCCGAGGAGAGCCUCGCGGUCUUCGAGGCAGCCGGCCGCGUGGCCAGAGAGAAGGGGCGGCUGUACGUCGGCAGUGCCGAGGGCGAGGAUCUCCAGAGGAAUUUUCGGCCGGCCUGGUCGAGGAUUCCGCGUAUCGACGUGCCUGUCGGUGACGGGUCUGUGGCUGAGCGUCAGCGCCAGAUGGCCGAAUUGAGGCGUGUCCGGGCUGCGUCGGAGCUCGACUACCCCGGGUACGCCACCUUCCACGCUCACAUCAUGGAUUGGGGCGUCAAGCUCAUUCUGAUGAAGGCUGCCACGCCGCUUGAGGUGCUCACCUACUCGAUCUUGCUGACUAAGGCUUUGGAGCGCGGUGACCCAGACUGGAGGCUCUACUUCACGAAGGUCGACGCAGACCUCGCGAAGCAGGCGAAGCGGAAGGUCGAGGACAGAGCGGCUGAGGCUGCGCGGACGCUCGCUGGCAAGAGCGCUGGCAAGGGCGGCAAGUACGGCAAGAGCGAUGGCGCGAGCAGCGCUGCUGCGGCGUCGGCGCCGCGGUCUCUCUCGCCUCUCGCGCCGCCGCGCUCCCGCAGCCCCUGGCGCAACCAGGGCGGCCGGCAGCAGAGCGGCAGCGGCUGGGCCCAGGGCGGCUGGCACCAGGGCAACAACCAGGGCAACUGGAAGCAGGGUGGCUGGCAGCAGGGGCAGCGCAAGAAGU